AUGAGCCAAGACACUGCAGAGACACGAACACGAACCCGCUCCAAAGGAAGCCGGGUGUCGUCAGACCUCGUGGGACAAGAGAUGAAGCAGGAGUUAAACAGCUGUCCCACCCCUGGAUGUGAUGGUAAAGGCCACGUCAGUGGAAGAUACUCUCGACAUAGAAGCAUCCUGGGAUGCCCAAUAGUGAAAAAAAGGAAGCUGGAGGAGGCUGAAGCUGAGGAGAACCAGUCUGCUCCCAAGAGGAGGAACCAGCCGGCCACAGAAGCAGGAGAUGAAGGCUUCAAUGCAGACAGUGAUGCAGCAGAAGAGGAGGAAGUGCACAAAGAGGAGGAAGAGGAGGAAGAUCUCAAAGAAAAGAAGAAAAACAAAACAAAAUGCAGCCCAGAGUCAACAAAAACAGAAUGCUCACUGGUGACAACAGAGGACACAGAAACAGCAGUCUGUCCUCCGGUGGAAGUCGGUGACAAUGAAAGCUUCACUUCGGAGACUGAAAACGGCACGGAAACAGAGACAACUACAGAGGAAGUGAAGCCAGUAACAGACACUGAUGAGCAUCAGCAGGAGGAAACAGAGACCAAGGAGGAGGAGCAGCAGGAGGAAGGCCAGCUGGUGACAAAGGAGUCAUCAGAGCAACCUGAAGAAGAAACAGGCGUCGCAGAGCUUAAAGAGACAAAAGAAGAGGAGGAAGAGGAAGGAGAUGAAGAAAAGGAAGAGGAAGAGCAGCAGGAAAGGGAAGAGAAUAUUGUUGAAGAAAAGGUGACAGAAAGACAUAUGAUAAGUCAGGAAAAUUCUGAUCACCAGUACUCCAGUGGAGAUUACAACCAUCAGGCCAAAGAAUCAAUAGAGGACAAGAUUGAGAGGGAGGCACAGGAGGAGGAGGAAGAGGAGGAAGAUGAGGGAGAGGAGAGGGAGAUCCACCAAGAGAUUGCCACUCCUUACACUUUGAGUCCACGCACUCAGGGGUCUGAGGCUGAGAUGUCACUCAGGGAAGAAAAGUUUGAGGAAGAAGAGGAAGACGAAAGGGAGGAAGAGGAGGAUGAGAGGCAGGGGAAGGAAGUAGGCAAGGUGGUGGAGGAGGAAGAGGAAGACCCAGACUCCAGCAAAGCCUCUCCGACGACAGUGGUUAUAGAAGUCCGCUCAGAGGAGGAUGAUGACGAGGAUGAGGAGGAGGAGGAGGAGGAGGAGGAAGAGGAAGAGGAAGAGGAAGAGGAGUAUGAAGGAGAUGAGCAGGAUCGUGUCUCAGAGGGCUCAGGAAUCACGGAUGACUCCGAGAACUGGGAUAUGACCCGGGGGAACCUGGGGCUGCUAGAGCAGGCCAUCGCCCUGAAGGCGGAGGAGGUGAAAGGGGGGCAGGAGGCCCGGAGCUCCCCGGACUACCAACCAUACAGCACCUCCAGCAAGAGCUCCGAGCCGGCUGCUGUCGCCCGCCGCACCGCUCACUACAGCAAAGAGAAAAAGGAGGUGAAGUGUCCGACCCCGGGGUGUGACGGGACCGGUCAUGUGACCGGGCUGUACCCUCACCACCGCAGUCUCUCUGGAUGUCCUCACAAAGACCGAAUCCCUCCGGAGAUCCUGGCCAUGCAUGAGAACGUCUUGAAGUGUCCGACUCCUGGCUGCACGGGCCAAGGCCAUGUCAACAGUAACCGCAACACACACCGCAGUCUGUCCGGCUGUCCCAUCGCAGCAGCGACGAAGCUGAACAAGAGCCAGGACAAGCAGGUCCUUUUACAGGCUGCACCCAGCGAACCCUCCUCCAACUCGGACAGAGUGCUCAGGCCCAUGUGCUUCGUGAAGCAGCUGGAGAUCCCUCAGUACGGCAGCUACCGGCCCAACACGGUGACCACCACGCCUCGGGCUAACCUCGCCAAGGAGCUGGAGAAGUACUCCAAGGUGUCCUUUGACUAUGCAAGCUUUGAUGUCCAGGUGUUUGGAAAGCGUAUGCUCAUCCCAAAGACACCCAGCAGCACUGAAACAUCACCCAAAGCCUUCAAAUCUAAAUCAUUCCCUAAGGCCUCCUCUCCCAGUCACAGUGUGUCAGGAGGCUUUUCGAUGAGCGCCUCGUCCUCCAGCAGUUAUGACUAUAGCCAAGAUGCAGAGGCAGCCCACAUGGCAGCGACAGCCAUCCUCAACCUGUCCACCCGCUGCUGGGAGAGACCAGAGACCAUCAGCACCAAGCCCAGAGAACCCAGCUCCAAGGAGUCUGACAUUGAAGUGGAUGAGAAUGGCACCUUGGACCUCAGCAUGAAGAAGACCAAGAAGGAGGGCGUGCAGCCUCCAGAGCCUUCGUCGUCGUCCUCGUCAUCCUCUCUACACGUCGGAGCCACACUGUCUCAGAGCCACACUCAGCCGGAGUGGGAGGAGCCGCUGGACUUCACCAAGUCAGGUGGAGUGAAAGAGGAAGACCAUGAAGAGGUGGAAUUUACAGCUCCUUCAUACACCUCUUCUGAUGGUGAGGAAGAGGACCAGGAAAACCUGGAGGACAGGAAGUACCCCGGUGAGGUCACCACCGGCAGCUUCAAGGUCAAGUUUCCACCCAAAGACAGCAAAAAGGAGAUUCUUAUAUGUCCCACCCCAGGCUGCGAUGGCAGUGGACACAUCACUGGCAACUACGCCUCCCACCGAAGUCUGUCAGGCUGUCCUCUUGCUGAUAAAUCACUUCGGACCCUCAUGGCUGCCCACACAGCUGAACUAAAGUGUCCCACUCCAGGUUGUGAUGGAUCAGGCCACAUCACAGGAAACUACGCCUCACACAGAAGUCUUUCCGGAUGCCCUCGAGCCAAGAAAGGCGGGGUCAAAACAACCCCCACCAAGGAUGACAAGGAAGACUCGGAGCUCUUGAGGUGUCCGGUUCCUGGCUGCGACAGUCUGGGCCACAUCAGCGGGAAGUACGCCACCCACCGCAGUGCCUAUGGCUGUCCGCUGGCAGCCCGCCGGCAGAAGGAAGGUCUCCUUAACGGCACCCCCUUCUCCUGGAAGGCCUUCAAGACCGAGGGCCCGACCUGCCCGACGCCAGGCUGCGACGGCUCCGGCCAUGCCAACGGCAGUUUCCUGACACACCGCAGUCUGUCAGGUUGUCCCAGAGCGACGGCCAACAAGAAGAGAGCCAAGUUCCCCGGAGACGAGUACAUCACCGCAAAGUUCAGAGCCAGUGAUGUUCUGGACAACGAUGAGGACAUCAAGCAGCUCAACAAGGAGAUCAAUGACCUGAGCGAGUCCAACUCAGAGAUGGAGGCUGACAUGAUGACCCUGCACACUCAGAUCUCGUCAAUGGAGAAGAACCUGAAGAGCAUGGAGGAGGAGAACAAACAUAUCGAGGAGAGGAAUGAGGCCUUAUUCCUGGAGCUAUCCGGCCUGAGUCAGGCCCUGAUCCGCAGCCUGGCCAACAUCCACCUGCCCGUCAUGCAGGAGCCGCUGUCAGAGCAGAACUUUGAUAGCUAUGUGGACACACUGACCCACAUGUUUACCAAUAAAGACUGCUACCAGAACCCUGAGAACCGAGCUCUGCUCGAGUCCAUCAACGAGGCCGUGAAGGGCAUCGAGGUGUGA